AUGGUGCUGCAGCUUUCACUUCAACGAGUGAGUAAAGUGAGGCUGUUGAGUCCUCGGAUAUUUGCGCUUGCAAAUUCUCAGUUUUCAACUGCUGCUGAACCGUCUUGGAGACAUGGAAAUUCGCUUAGAGUGCCAAAUCUUAUUGGUGGUAGCUUUGUAGAUUCACAGUCAUCAGAAUUAAUUGAUGUCUUGAAUCCGGCAACACAAGAGGUAGUUUCUCAAGUACCAUUAACUACAAAAGAGGAGUUCAAGUCUGCAGUAUCAGCUGCAAAACAGGCCUUUCCAUCCUGGCGCAGCACACCAAUAACGGCACGGCAACGUGUUAUGUUUAAGCUGCAAGAUCUUAUUCGUAAAAACAUGGAUAAGCUUGCCUUGAGCAUUACCACUGAACAAGGGAAGACACUUAAGGAUGCACAGGGUGAUGUGUUCCGUGGGCUAGAGGUGGUGGAACAUGCUUGCGGGAUGGCGACACUGCAGAUGGGAGAGUAUGUUUCCAAUGUGUCAAGCGGAAUUGAUACCUAUAGCAUUAGAGAACCUCUUGGUGUUUGUGCUGGGAUUUGUCCCUUUAACUUCCCUGCCAUGAUUCCCUUAUGGAUGUUUCCUGUUGCAGUUACAUGUGGAAAUACCUUCAUCCUAAAGCCAUCUGAAAAAGAUCCAGGGGCUUCUUUGAUUCUUGCUGAGUUGGCCAUGGAGGCUGGUUUGCCCAGUGGUGUCCUGAAUAUUGUACAUGGCACCAAUGACACUGUUAAUGCUAUAUGUGAUGAUGAUGAUAUUAGAGCUGUAUCAUUCGUUGGCUCAAAUACAGCUGGUAUGCAUAUUUAUGGAAGAGCAUCAGCUAGUGGAAAACGUGUCCAGUCCAACAUGGGAGCAAAGAACCAUGGAAUCGUAUUGCCUGAUGCAAAUGUGGAUGCUACACUAAAUGCUCUAGUUGCAGCUGGUUUUGGUGCUGCAGGACAAAGGUGCAUGGCACUGAGCACGGUGGUCUUCGUUGGAGAUUCAAAAUCAUGGGAACAAAAGCUAGUAGAGCGUGCCAAAGCCCUUAAGGUAAAUAUUGGAACAGAUCCUGAUGCAGACCUCGGUCCAGUCAUCAGUAAGCAGGCAAAGGAACGAAUAUGUAAAUUGGUUCAAAGUGGUGUUGGCAGCGGGGCAAAACUCUUACUGGAUGGAAGAGCUAUCAAGGUUCCAGGAUAUGAACAAGGUAACUUUAUUGGGCCCACCAUCUUGUCUGAUGUAACUGCUGACAUGGAAUGUUAUAAGGAAGAGAUAUUUGGCCCUGUUCUCAUUUGCAUGAAGGCUGACAGUUUAGAAGAAGCCAUAAACAUAGUCAACAGAAAUAAAUACGGGAAUGGUGCAGCUCUUUUUACUACAUCCGGUGUAGCUGCAAGGAAAUUCCAAACUGAGAUAGAGGCCGGCCAGGUUGGCAUCAACGUUCCCAUUCCAGUUCCUUUACCCUUCUUCUCAUUUACUGGCUCCAAGGCAUCUUUUGCUGGGGAUCUCAAUUUUUACGGCAAGGCAGGCGUUCAGUUUUACACACAGAUCAAGACAGUUACUCAGCAAUGGAAGGAUCUACCAACUGGUGCUGGAUUGUCCCUGGCAAUGCCUACUUCUCAGAAGACAUGA